UUGUAUAUAUCGCCGCACGUGUUUUCAAAUGUUUUUGGAGUGUAGUCGAAAAUAAUAAACGAUGUACAAAGGUAGCAAGAUAUUCGUUCCCAGCAGGAGUCUGGGAAAUGUGAGUAACCAUAUCCCUGUAGUAGUUAAGUACGUUUCAAAUGGAGAAAUCUUCAUCACAUCCGUGGGUAAACUCUUUCACGUGUACAACAACAAACUGCGUUUGAUCCAAGUGAGCCAGCUCCAUCCCGAGGAUAUAACAUGUCUGGCCUUCAGCAAAUUCCUCACAUACUCGGCAGCAGGAAACAACAUCUAUUGUUGGAUUGGGGGAGCCACACUGAAGCACAUACUGAAGAAGCAUGAGAGGGCAGUCCAUUUGAUGAUUCCAUUCGGUGACAGCCUGAUCUCCAUUGAUGAGGACAGUAAGCUAAUUGUGUGGAAUGUGCAGACAGCCGAGAUAUUCUUAGAGCUAGAUUUUGGCAAUGAUCAAUUCAAAAUCACAGCUGCCUUCCAUCCUAGCACUUACAAGAACAAAAUUUUACUUGGAAGCAAUCAGGGGGCUCUGCAGUUGUGGAAUAUUAAUACGUCCACUUUAAUUUAUACAUUCGCUGGUUGGGAUUCAGCAGUCACUUGCUUGGAACAAGCUCCUGCUGUAGAUGUGGCAGCUAUUGGUUUGGCCAAUGGCAAAAUUAUCUUGCACAAUCUUAAACUAGACAUUACCAUCAUGGAGUUUACACAGGAUUGGGGCUUGGUCACCUCCAUCUCUUUUAGAACUGACGGAGAGCCAAUCAUGGCUACGGGAAGUGUUGCAGGACAUAUUGUAUUUUGGAAUUUGGAUGAUCGCAAAGUGUUUUCACAGAAGCUGUGUGCACACAUUGGUCCAGUCAACAAUUUGAUUUGCUUGAAUAAUCAACCAAUUGUGGUGUCCAACUCUGCUGACAACAGCUUGAAAAUGUGGAUCUUUGAUAUGACUGAUGGAGGAGCUAGGCUCUUGCGGACAAGGGAUGGACAUUCAGUGCCUCCCACUUGCAUUAGGUACCAUGGAGAUAAUGGGCAGAAUAUUUUGAGUGUUUCUGGUGAUUCGACCAUGAGGAUUUUCAAUACACAAACUGAAAUAUUGAAUAAGAGUCUUGGAAGGGCUUCAUUUAAUAGAAAAGCCAGUAAAAAUUUGAAGAAUAAAGGGGAGGAUCCAUAUGUUAUGCCACCAAUUGUGGAAUUUGCUUCAGAGGUUACAAGAGAAAAGGAAUGGGAUAAUAUUGCUGCUAUACAUGACGGUCUUGAAUCUGUAACGACUUGGUCUUUCAACAAAUGCAAAAUGGGAGAUCUUAGAAUAAAACCAUACAAGCUGCACGAUGAAGAUCGUGGACAUGCCACAGCUAUAUCUCUAAGUCAUUGCGGAAAUUUCGUGUUAAUUGGAUACAAUUCGGGUUACGUCCAGAGGUUCAACGUUCAAUCUGGGUUAUUUAGAGCAAGCUAUGGUAAACCGAAAGCUCACAAAUCGUUCGUUCGUGGUGUUUGCUGUGAUAUUCUGAAUCAAGUUGUCAUGACUGGAGGCAAUGACGGUUACAUCAAAUUCUUCAGCUUCAAAGACGGAAAGAAUCAAAUUUCGAAGAUUCAUUUGGAAGACCCCAUUGCGUUCUUCAGGACGCACAAGGAGAGUUCCAUUGUAGCAGUAGUUUUAGAAGACUUCACCAUCAACAUUGUGGAUAUUGAUAAUUAUAAUGUGGUCAGGAAGUUUAUGGGGCACAAAUCGCCUAUAACGGACGCCGCCUUCAGUCCCGAUUCCAGGUGGCUCAUAACUGCUUCCAUGGAUUGCUCAAUCAAAACGUGGAAUAUUCCAACAGCGCAGCUCAUCGAUCAAUUCAGAACGGACGUUCCUUGCAUAUCCCUGAACAUGUCCCCAACCGGUGAUGCUUUGGUCACCGCUCAUUUAGACCACAUGGGUGUAUUCUUAUGGUGCAACAAAACCAUCUACCAGCACGUAUCUCUGAAAGCCCUCGAUCUGGAAGACGAACCAGAAUUGGUCCGUUUACCCGAAUGCAGAGGAAUCAAUUCUGAGGAGAACAUGACCGAAGAAGAAAUCGCCGAAGUCUACAAAUCCUCCGAGCAAAUCAGCAGCGAUCUUAUAACAAUGUCUGGUUUGGCCUCAUCCAGAUGGCAAAACCUCCUGAAUAUCAACAUAAUCCGUAGCAAGAACAAGGGCAAAGCAUUAAUAGCCAAACCGAAAGCUGCCCCUUUCUUCCUACCCACAGUUCAAGCUCUCGACUUUAAAUUCGAUUUAACGCAGGAAAGCAAUAGCGGGUCCAAAAUUUUACCGGCAGUUUCGUUGUUGAAUCUAACGGAAUUCGCAAAGCUUCUGCACAAAACCAUAGAAUCCAACGAUUUCAGCGCUGUGGUAUUGAAAUUGAAGACUUUCGGUCCUUCGAUGAUCGACUACGAGAUCAAAUCGCUUAGUCCCGAGGGCGGGGGAACCGUUGAUGUAAUGCUUCAGUUCUUGAAGCUCAUCGAGUUUAUGCUGAAAUCUAAUAAGGAUUUCGAGCUGGCCGAGUCUUAUUUGGGUGUGUUUUUGAAGUCUCAUGGAAACGUCAUCGCUGAAGAGGAAAAACUGAAGAACUACUUACCGAACUUGCAGAGCUGUCAUCAGGCCUCGUGGAACAGGUUGCAAGAAAAAUUGAUGUACACCCUGUGCGUGGUCCAAAGUAUAAAAACUCAAAUAUGAACAUUAGGUCCUUUAAUUACGCACCUAUUUGUACAUUAUUCUGUGGUGACCAAUUAAUCAUAAAUUAAUAAAUACUUUUGAUUUACUAGAGUAAGAUGA